AUGAGCAACGUUGACUCAUCAUCAACUAAUGGCAAUCCCAGGUCUCUGAGGAACAUUUUAUUGGAUCUAAAAUCGGAUUUGGGAUUAAUUUCCGAGUCUGGGCAAAGAGUGAGGAAGAGGUUCGGGGAAUACAUCGGUUCUUCGUCCGAAUUUUCGGGUAAUUCGAACAGCAACUUCGACGAAGAGCUCAGUUUAAUGCUCAAGAACACCAACAGACACGGGAACUUGCUGGACAUUUUAAACCGGAAAUACCUGAUUGGAUAUGCCAUAAGUGAGGCCUUCAGCGGCACAGAUUUGGACGCGUACACACUCUUCCACAUAUGGAGCACCAAAAGGACCUCUCAGAAAAGCCUAGUGCUUUGCGACCAGGCUAACGAGCCGUCAGACGACAACAUAGAGCUCGAUAAGACUUCAGAGCGCACCCACGUGAGUCUCUUUGUCGUGUUCUUCCAGCAACUGUUCUACAGUCGCCAGUCGAAGUUGAACGCGAUAGAUCGCACGAGGCCCAUUUUUAAGAUUCCGCCUCAGGAUCACUCGAUCGUGCACGCAAUAGAGCCGAAGACGACGAGCUUGGUGCUGCUCUCGUGCAUCUACGGGCUCAAAAACAUCAAGUUCGUGGGCCUAAGGAACCACUCGACCCACGCCAGGGUCCCCGGGCCCUUCCUGAGCCUGCUGAGUUUGGACUCCAAGGUCGAUUUCAUGACCUGCAUGAACUGGAUCCAGGACUCGGUGUUCAGCAAAAACCACGGCUCAGGCCCCUGCGCACCAAAGCCCAACUACUUUGGAAAAGUAAACGAGAGCACCAACUACUCGAACUUUGAGGGGUAUUUGAACAUAUCGUACUUUCUGCACGAGCUCGACUACAUUUACUCGUACAUCCUGCUCCACCACGAGUGCUACACGAAGUACACUGCGCCCAUACUGUCGAAGUCGUUCACCGGAUGGACUUUCGGACAGCUUUCACUUCUCCUUUACAACUAUCGCAUGAGGUCCCUGUAUAAAAAUGUGAGCCUUUCUGAAAUACUAAGUAGGCUGAAUGUAGUUUUAUCGCUGAUAUGUAAAAUAUUCUCAGAAUACAGGAGCAGUGCCAGGCACGCUCCGAUGGACAAGUGCACCCUCAGGGGCUUCAACUUUUACUGCUUCACGUCCAUUGUCUACUCGUACCUUUACGCAAUUUUAAGCAUCCCCUUGGAACUGAUGCCCUGGGAAAACUACGUUUUCGACAAGCCUGAACCAACUAGACCAACAAACACAGGCUCUGGUGAGAACAGCAGUAGCCAGAAUCACAGCAAGAGUACGGAAAUGCCACUGAGCAACAGCAGCGCCAGCGCCUAUAACGACGACGUGAAGGACCUGGGCCCAAACUACAACAUCAUCAACAUGUCAGUUCACAACGAGUUCGCCGAAACUGCCGCCGACUCCACCUGCGUCGAGAACACGCGUCGCCACGACAACCUCAUGAGUUACGUCAUCGGCAUUGUCAACGGCGAGGGCAACUGGAUAAAGCGCAAGGAGAAGUUCGUGGACGUCAUUGACACCUACAAGCUCAACCUCUCCUGGUACCGGCGCCCCUCCUUCAGCAACACUCUUUACAACACCAGCUACAAGGCCUGGCCCAUUGCUCUGUACUACUACAACCUUCUCAUUGAGCCCUGUGGCAGGGCCUUUUUCGUCUGGUACUGGAAGAACAUUGAGGCCUGGAGCUCCUCUAACAUUUGGGCCUACCGCGUCAAGAGGGCUGCCCGGAAGAGGUCGCUGUUUUCCCAGUUUCUCCACAGGCUUUCUAAGAAGGACCGGCUCCUCUCCGACUCAAACCUGCAGCUUAAGCGCCAGGUCUCCCUCAGGCUCAGGGACACUGUUUCAUUCAUCUUCGACAUGGAGCUGGAGCUCAAGAAAGCUCUUUUGUAUUCCUAA